UAGUACAUUCGUAUAUGUAUCAUUCAAUACUUAAAAUUUUUAAACCUUUUCACAUCAGCAACAUGCAACUUACUACUAUUUGUUUUGUUAUAGUGUUACAAGCUGGAAUAAAUGAGUGCGGCCUAAAAAGUCACGCUGAACUAAUACGCUUAGCAAUAAAGGCGGAUAAUAAGAUUAAGGAUCUUAUCCAUAAAGUCUCAGGUUUUGUAAAGGGCAACUCAGAGUUUAAAGAAAACUACGAAAACCUGAGAAUCCCAUUGAUGGAAAAUUAUACAAGCUUACCAACAAAAUUAGCACAUAUUCGAGAAUUUAAAGCUUACAACAUGGAAAGACUUCACUUAGAGCAAAGAAUUAUAUCAGCAAUUUCAAAGCUACAUACACCAAUGUCAGAAGAUUGCGACAAGCUUAGUGCAAAUGUUCGUAAGCAGUUGUUUUUAAUGUUGGUUUCUUCCAAUAAAAGAAAGAUUGAUGCCUUAGAAAACUUAAAAAAAGGAUCUUGCCGAAGGGAAUCAAGCAGCCAUAAAAAUGCACCAACAACUAAAAUAGACGGAACUUCAAAUAAGAUCGUCAAUAUUCUGCAAACCAGAAGUAAGUCCUCAAAGUUUACAGAAUCAAGUUUGACUAACCGAACGAUCACAUUUUCCAAGUUUUUUUAUUCGAGUUCACUCCCAACAUUUACGUCAAACAAAAUUUGUAAAAGCUCGAUAAAAAUCUUUGACCAUUGUCUACCCACCGCAACGAACAUGGCAUUCACCUCUGGAAUACCUUCUGAUUUAACUAAAGAGGCGACCUUUCAGCUUUUAUAGUUCCUGACAUCUCGACGUUCAUACGGACGGAAGGACAUGGCUAUUGGCUAUUGAUCCCGUUCAAGAAUAUAAGUUAACACAAUUGCCCGGAGCCCGUACGGAGCACUCGCGGAGCGAGUGAUCGGCCUGACGCAGAAGUGCUGACCUGGCCUUCUGCCAGCAGUUCUGCUGCGGACCAGAGGCCUGGAGUUAAACCGGUACCGAAUUCUUAAGUUAGUUUUUAAUCAUACUCCGAGGCUUACGCCUUGUAAUUAUAAAUACACGAAUAUUGUGACCCUCGCCCUAACGGGAGAGUGGUAAAUAAAUAUAAUUAAAAUAAACCAACGACUUAUAAUUGGCGCCCAACGAAGAAAUCGGACUCACGCGAGACGGAAUUCGCGAACAAAAAACAAGCACCCGAAGUGAAAAGAAAAAAAAGCGAAAAAAUUAAAAUCACCAAAAUUAAAAUUCCAUAAAUUGGACAGAUCGAAUCAAAAAACCACCCGAAAGGAAAAAACAUAAGUUCAAACUUUCACAAAGCGGAAAAUUCUUAACCAAAUAGAGAGGCAGAAGCGGCAUCGGCAGCGACGACAGCAGCAGUACUGGUGGCGAAAGAAAGCCGUCGGCAAAACACCUCGACAAUAAAAUUAAUUUAUUAACAUGUGAGUAGGCUUUUUGCCAAAAAGUUCGCCAAUAAAUAAAAAAUAUUUAACAAAUAGUGAGCUUAAAACUUAAUAAAUACAUUCUCAUGUGCUAGAAAAUCCAAAAUAAAAAAUAUAAAUACACUAAUUAAAUUAUAUCCAGCAAGUUGUGGAGUUGAAAUUUUAGCAAACCACAAAUUAAUUUGAUAUUUAACUCUCGCUAGGAAAUACAAUAAAUACUUAUAAUUAAUAUUCUACAAACUCUUGAUUUAGUUCUAUAAAACCUGCAAAAUUUUUUACAUAAAGAACUGUCUCAUGUAUAGGGAUACUGGGAACAUUUCCUCAGAAGAAGAAGUCCUAAAACUUUUACACGGAAAGUGCCAAAAGUAAAAAAAAUAAAAAGUGGCAGUAAAAAAUAGAAUUAAGAUACCGUCAACCAGUAGGGCAACAGAAAUGCAGGCGGAACAAAUUGCGUAGCCUGCGCACUUCAAAGGCAGGAAGAACUAUUCGAAGCAAAACUAGCUACAAUUAUGGAGGAGUUAAGUUUACUUAAGGAUAAAAAACCGAAAAUCCAGACAUUCCAGGAAAUAGAAUUGAAUCCAAACAUUGAGUGUAAUGAGCCCCUUUAUAUGGUCAAGUCUGUUCCAGAAUUUGACGGUAAACUGGAAAUUUACGUUUCCUGGAGACAGACUGCAGCCUACAAAAUAUUUGCGCCUUACGAAGGUAGCAGCCGACAUUAUCAGGCCGUCGGAAUCCUUAAAAAUAAAGUAAGAGGCCCAGCGGCUGCUGUAUAAGCCUAAUUUAACACGGUAUUUAAUUUUCACGCCAUAAUAGCGCGCUUAGACUUCACGUAUGCGGACAAAACUCCGGCACAUGUAAUAAAACAAGAAUUAAGUUUGUCAAGGCAGGGAGAGUUACCCCUACUCAAAUACUAUGAUGAGAUAGAACGGAAGCUAACGCUUCUUACAAAGAAAACAAUAAUGACUCACGACGCAGCCGGAGCGGCCGUCCUUAAUGAACAGCACAGGGAAGACGCUUUACACGCGUUCAUAUCUGGCUUAAGGAAAUCAUUAAAAAUUGCCGUUUUUCCGGCACAACCGCGGGACUUGCCAUCAGCAUUGGCGUUAGCUCAAGAAGCUGAGUCAAGUAACGACAGAAGUAUUUUCUCGGCCACGUUCGCCCGACAUAACGAAGAAAGAGCCUAUAGGCCAAACAACCAGAAACAGGCAGGUUGGAAAAGUUCGCAGUCAUACGGAGAACCCAACAAAAAUUCGGGGGCGAUUAAAAAAAACCCCCAUUUUGUUAGAACUCUAAAGGGAAAAAACAAUCAAAGCGGUUCCUUUAAGCAAAGGCCACACAACAGUGCAGGUAAUGGCCAAAGCCAACUGGCGCUAGAGCCAAUGGAAGUUGACCCUUCCUCCCGGUCCAAACAAACCACAACAUGGCAAAGAGGGCGGUCAGCACGGUCUCAGCAAAAAAUCAACUUCAUGCCGGAAGAAAACACCGACGAAGAAGAUUAUGACUCCGUUGCCCAGGCAAGCGCCAUAGAAAUACAGGACGAGCUGGAUGCAGAGGACUCCUGCAAUUUUUUAGGGUAAAGUCCCUGCUCUCCUACAUUACACAUACGGUGGCAGGAGGAGAAAUAAAACUAUUACUAGAUACAGGCACCUCAAAAAAUUAUAUUACUCAACUCCCGGGGCUGAAAGGCGUCGUGGCAGCGGGAAAACCCUUUACUGUAAAGUCAAUUCAUGGCUUUACCAAAAUCGAUAAAAUGUAUAGUUUCGGUGUUUAACGUAAAGACACCCUUUUUUAUUCUGAACAAUCUUAAAGACUUUGACGGUAUUAUUGGUCUCGACUUACUUAAACAAGUAAAUGCGAAACUUGAUUUUAUCGGAAAUGUUCUAAAUACUAGUAACGGAAAAAAUCAAGUUUGCUAGGGCGGAAAACGUUAACUUCAUUAAAAUCGAUGAUGGAGACGUUCCUCGUGCUAUUAAAAACUCGUUCGAUAAAAUGAUAGUUAAAAAUCACAAAGCCUUCGCUGACCCAGACGAGGCAUUACCAUUCAAUAUAAAUACUAAAUACUAUCGCCACAAUUAAAACAGAUGGGGAGCCGGUAUACUCAAAAUACCCGCAUCCCAUGGGUGUGACCGAAUUCAUCAAUGCAAUACGACUAGUUAUCGAUUUUAGGAAACUAAACCAGAGAACAAUUGUCGAUAAAUACCCUAUCCCAACAAUUUCGACAAUACUGUCAAAUAUGGGAGAGUCCAAUUUUUUUACGACACUGGAUCUUAAGUCAGAUUUUCACCAGAUAGAGCUGGCAGAAAAUGACAGAGAAAAGACGGCAUUUGCAAUAAACAACGGCAAAUACGAUUUUUUUAGAUUACCAUUUGGGCUUAAAAAUGCCCCAAGCAUUUUCCAAAAGGGCCAUUGGCGAUGUCCUAAGAGAUGGAAUUUCAAAGAUAUGCUACGUGUACGUCGAUGACGUCAUAAUAUUCUCCAAAACAAAGGAAGACCACGUUAAGGACGUGGAUUGGGUUUUAAGAAAACUCUUGGAGGCAGGCAUGAGAGUAUCCCAGGAGAAAUCAAAGUUCUUCAAAAAGAGCGUUGAAUACUUGGGGUUCAUAGUGUCGCAAGAGGGUCUACGAACUUCACCUGAAAAGGUGAAAGCCAUAAAAGAAUUCCUCCUACCUAAAACACUUUUCGAACUCAGAUCAUUUUUGGGACUAGCAAGCUACUAUAGGUGCGUUAUAAAAGACUUUGUAACAAUCGCAAGGCUUAUAACGAAUAUCCUAAGAGGAGAAAAUGGAAAAGCAAGCAAAUAUCAGUUAAGGAAAAUCGACAUCGAUAUGACCAAAGAACAGAAAGAAACGUUCAACAGGUUGAUAGAAAUCUUGGCAUCGGAAGACGUUCUGCUUUCAUACCCAGACUUUAAGAGACCAUUUGAUUUGACAACGGAUGCGUCAGGUUUUGGUCUAGGAGCGGAACUAUCUCAAGACGGCCGCCCGAUCACAAUGAUAUCACGCGCCCUUAAAGAUAGUGAAAAAAUUAUGCAACCAACGAGCGAGAGCUGCUCGCCAUAGUUUGGGCACUGAAAACCUCCGAAACUACUUAUACGGUGUAAAAGGGUUGCGGAUUUUCACCGAUCACCAACCACUUACCUUUGCCGUCUCGGAUAAAAACCAUAA